GUCUCCUCUUCCUGUAUCCCACUAACAUAAAUUUGCAUUUUUCUGCCAUUAAAUCCUUCAAACCCAAUUUCAGUUGUCCUAGUUACUCAAACACACAUCACACAGAAUUACAGAUAUAGUGCAAGGAAGAUAAGAGUAAUGGCUUUAUCCACAAUUCUAUCGUCAUCUUCCCACCUCUAUAUUCCAAAGAGCCGUACGAUUCCGCGACGAACAAUUCGCUCUUCUUCUACUUCUGUUUCGUCACCAGUUUCGAUUCAGUUCGAUCUCAAAACGUACUGGACGACGCUGAUUGCGGAGAUUAAUCAGAAGCUUGACGAAGCCAUUCAAAUUCAGUACCCACAACAGAUCUAUGAGGCCAUGCGUUACUCUGUUCUGGCUAAAGGUGCCAAAAGGGCCCCGCCGGUCAUGUGCGUCGCCGCCUGCGAACUCUUUGGUGGCGACCGCCUCGCCGCCUUCCCCACCGCCUGCGCCCUCGAAAUGUAAUGGUGCAGAGAAAGGAAGUCAUGACUUGGAAUUUGGUAUGCGGAAUUAAGGAGUUUGAUGAUACUUAGAGCAAUUCUCAAGUAUGAGCUCGGGAGCGGAGGUCAGACGCACAGAGCUCAUAAAACCAGAGUAAAAUCCAGCCCAAUGAAGCAGCAGCAGAAGUAAUAAAGAGAUAGGUAUUUAUCAACAAAAAUCCUAAUAUCACAUCUUACAUUCUGUAAAUCUUUAGGUAUAGUAAAUAGUGAAAGAAGGAGCAAAAAUCUCUAUUAAAGAGUGGAUUAGCCGAGCUCUCAAGCUGAUGAACCACUAUAUUUCUAUUGUGUUAAUUCCCCAACUCCCCAACAAUUCUCAGUAUAAUUCUCUUG